UUCUAGAAAAAUUAAAUGAGCAGAUGAGAACGAACGGCUAGAAAGAAUCUCAACUUGUGGGCGAAAUUGAUUGUUUUGUGUUGGAUACUUCGAUAGAAUUUAAGUGGGAAAUCAGCUUCGACUACGUUCCUACAGCUGUAGUUUCCUUACCUACCAGAGCGACGACUUCAGAAACCAAAUUGCGGAUUCGUGGUGCAAUGUGCCGGUUGGCGAUUCCGUGACAGGUUGAAAUAAUUCAUCACAUUUGGCUCGUUCAGUACUUUUGCCGUAGCCAACAGUAUAGUAUACUCUGAUUUUAAGUUCUAGCCCGUCUAGCAUUUCGUCGAUUUGUUGUUUGUAUUUUACACAUCACUGAAAAGAUUGUUUACCGUGACGGUGAUACGGUUAGGAUCCUCGCCGUGUCGAUUAGAAUCUUUAAUUAUAUCAACUUCCUUGGCGAUUCGGUUGAGUUUCUCUGGAUUGCCGCAGUGAAAUGUGUCCGACAGAGGAUAAAAGAGUGGAGCAGGAACAAUUUGUUCAAUCUGCCGUGAAGAAACAGCAGAUAAAUAAACGAAAACGAGAGCCUGACAUGUUUGUGGCAGCAGUUUUGGAAUGCACUGUGCGAAGAAUUUGUAGCGAAGUUUGCUCAAGUUACUUCUGUGUUUGUUCUUCCUCCAAAAAGAAGAGGAAAUUGAACAUAAGCCGAGAGUCCAAUGAAACAGAUACGACAGAUUUAAUUCCUGAUGGCGGAGAUAGCACAUCUGAAAUACAAAAUAACUCCUUGUAUGAACUUCAGGAAAUUAUCACCAUGUCUGAUAAACCGCAGAGCACUGCAAGCGAGGACUCGCAGCUCGAGGAAUUUCUUCAGAGCUUAACAACAGAACUGAGAAAUUUGCCAACGUUUGAAGAUGUGAAUGAACUGUUAAGAGAGAUCGAAGGCGAUUCAUCCCACCUAGAUGUUUUGGGUGACGAGAUCGAAUCACUGCUAAACACUAGUAGCGAUCCGUUUUACCCAGGACUUCUUGAGGUAUUGUUCCCAUAAAUUCUAACAGAGAAUACGUAGGUUAAGAAUUAUAUUUUAUAAUUUCAUGAUGAUAUGGACCAGUGUGGGAAUUUCUGUACCAAUUCUGACGAUAUAAAAGUUAAUUUUGGCCCUCAAAAGUCCAUCAGAAUUUACACUGCAAAACGGAAGUUCCAAAUUUUUGCCAUACUUCCGCUCGGAAAAUUGACGUCAUGGUUCGUUCCUGUAUAUUUUUUAUUAUUUCAACCUUAUGUUUCCUAAUUUUUCUGUUUUUGUAAUCUAUUCUCUCGCAUGCAAUGUAAAAAAGGGAAAGUAUAAGCUUGUAAAUUAUUUAUAGCAUAACGAGCUAUUAUUUAUAUAUAGCUAAUUCUCUGAGGAAUAUUUACAUAUUAAGUCAGAUGAUAUAUUUAAAGAGAAAGAGAUUGUAGGAAAGGUUAGAAUCCAAGGUUCACGAGCCAAAUCCAAAGAGUAAGUGUAAAUCUGGAUUCUGAUAAUUUUUAAGUAUAAAUAUAUGUCAAACAUAGUGUAUCUGAAAAGUUUUCGUAUCAAUAAAAAAUAUAUGAUGUUUAUUCAAUUUUUUAAGUAUAAGCUAUUGAAAUUUGCAGUUAUUAAAGAGGCAUACUUAGAACAGUUUUGUCAAAAAAUCGUCUUUUCAUGUUAUCCACCUUGUCUGUUGUACUGGUAUAUUUUCAGAGCUCUUGCCUUUCAACUCUUUUCCUCACAUAUGUAUUUGUCCUGUUCACAUGGGAAAGUGGAAUGGUUUGAUUUCCAAAAAUUAGAUCUUUAACCUGUUAAACCCUUAGAGUGACCAGCAUCUACUUUCUCCUUACAACAUCACCCCUGAAUCAAUCAUUAAAGUCAAGAGGAUAAAGGAAAUGAUCACUAAAUAAAUAAUCCCUUGACUGUUACACAAAUUCUCCUGGUCAGCAUCUUAGGGAAUGUAUAGAGAACAGUAUGGAGAAUAUCAAUACUGAUAUUAGGAUGUAAAAGAGUUAAGUUAGCAGGCCAGGAUGAUCUCUCAUGUUAGCUCUCCUGCCUGGAACCUUGUACACUCUAACAUCACUAUGCAUAUUCACCAUACUGCUCUCUAUACAUUUAAACAGUUGAAUUAUCAACAGUGAAUGCCUGCUGUUAUU